GCAGAUUUCGUGCGUUAUGACCGUAAUGGGGACGCGGUAGUUCUACUGUUAUUGUUAUUCAGAUGAUUCCAAGUUUUUUUGUGUGUGUGUGUGCGAGUCUGUGAUAGUUUAUUACUAACUGGUUGACAACGGUAGCAUUAAUGUCUGUCCGAUCAGAUCUGACCAAAAUUCAAAGAGUGUAAUAGUUACGUGAAUUGUACUUUAAGGUGAAGAUAUGAAGUGAUUCAGAACAGCAUCAACGAGACGAACCUAGAAUGAAAUCAUUUAUGGAUAACUUCAGGGAGAGGAGUGAAGUGGAACGGGAGUGGCUGCAGGAACUAUUCGUGUUCGUGAGGGACAAUCUGUUCCCGGUUCUCGGUCCAACCGCCGGUAGUGUUUCCCCGGAACAGCUCUCGCUAGCCAUGAUACGGAGAGUGGAACGGGCGGUGGGCUCCUCGUCUGCCCGGUCUCUGCCGCUCAGUUACAGGCUCAUCUCCGUAGCUGAGCUGGUUACCUGGCAACGCACACCCUGCUGUAGCAACCUGACCUGGAGCACCGCUCAGCACAGAGAAUGGGUCCGGGAGGCGGAGCAGGCUCUGCCCAAUCACAAGGCUUUGCCGCGUGCCAGCCUGUUGCUGAUAGGCUGUCUCAGUGAUGGGUGUGACCCAGAGAGGUCAUGUGACGGAGCGUGGCGUGUGAGGGACGCCACCGGGACCGUGCACUGUGAGCUACUGAGCCCCUCCCCUCUCUGGCUGGGCCUGCCGGUUCUCUUCCCCUGCUGGAAUUACAUCCCCCAGCCUGCACUGGGGAAGGAUAAGGAAGUGGAGGAGAGGGGCUACCUGGAGCUGGUUGGCUGUCCCCUACCCCUGACCUCUGACAUAGAGAUGACCUUUAACCCAGCAGUGGUCAACCUGAAGAGAGCUGUGGGGGUCAGAGAAGCUGCAGAACUCAUACAGCACAGGGUGCGAGGCCUUCGUGUGAAGGUGUAUGGGGAGGUUUCUGGAGUCUACCCUCUACUGAACAUCGCAGGGAAGUCCCUCUUCUGUCUCCGUCUGAGAGAGGGACGACACACUCUACCAUUACUGGUCACGGAGCCGUGCUGUCUGUGGUGGCAGCAGUGUGUGUGUGUGGGAGUGAGUGUGUGUGUGUCGGGGCUGCGUGUGUGCGCACUGCAGGGCUGGUCUGGGAACAGGCUUCUGUGUGCAACGAGUCAGUCUUCUCUCACUUUGCUUCCUGACACACUGAUCCAGGACCUGUCUGAUCCACCCACAUUGGACAAGCACACCCCAGACCCAGACCCUGUGGGAUUAGAUCCACCACUGUCUGACUGCAGUAGUACUGGGUGUCCUCUCCCAGAGAGACGGGGCGCUGGACCAGACCCAGACCCUGUGGGAUUAGAUCCACCACUGUCUGACUGCAGUAGUACUGGGUGUCCUCUCCCAGAGAGACGCGCUGGGCCAGACCCAGACCCUGUGGGAUUAGAUCCACCACUGUCUGACUGCAGUAGUACUGGGUGUCCUCUCCCAGAGAGACGGGGCGCUGGGCCAGACCCAGACCCUGUGGGAUUAGAUCCACCACUGUCUGACUGCAGUAGUACUGGGUGUCCUCUCCCAGAGAGACGGGGCGCUGGGCCAGACCCAGACCCUGUGGGAUUAGAUCCACCACUGUCUGACUGCAGUAGUACUGGGUGUCCUCUCCCAGAGAGACGGGGCGCUGGACCAGACCCAGACCCUGUGGGAUUAGAUCCACCACUGUCUGACUGCAGUAGUACUGGGUGUCCUCUCCCAGAGAGACGGGGCGCUGGACCAGACCCAGACCCUGUGGGAUUAGAUCCACCACUGUCUGACUGCAGUAGUACUGGGUGUCCUCUCCCAGAGAGACGGGGCGCUGGGCCAGACCCAGACCCUGUGGGAUUAGAUCCACCACUGUCUGACUGCAGUAGUACUGGGUGUCCUCUCCCAGAGAGACGGGGCGCUGGGCCAGACCCAGACCCCUCUCCCAUCCUGAGGCCCAAACUCUCCAAGGCUAUCAGCUACAAGGGUGUGCUGACCAGUGUCCUGAGUGCGGCAGCGGGGCUCUAUGUGAUUGACGGGAAGGUGGGCCUGUGUUUGGCCUAUCAGCCACUGCAGAGGCGUGGCCUGCGUCCGGGGGCGGAGAUAGAACUCCAUGAUGUCCAUUUCUUGUACCGCCCCUCUCCCCACUUCCAUCCCUGCAUGCUCUGCGUGUGUCUACACUCCAGUUUGCGUGUCACUUCCUUCAGCCGCCUGGGGUCAGAGGUCGACCGCCCUAGCGACGCCCCGCUGCCGUGGCUACUGCUGGAGAGGAAUCUGGGCGUGUCUCAGUACCUGUGGCUCUGUCACUGCUGCAGAGCUCUAAGAGACAGACUGGUCCCUCGCUGGGUGAAAGAGGAGUGCGUGUAUGUGGUGGCUAGGAGGCUGUUUGAGUGUGUGGUAACGUCAGAGAAGGGAGGAGGGAGGAGAGACAUCUACAGAGAGAUGCUACAGGAGCCACACCACUGUCCCCUCACUGAGUACUCUGUGAGUUCUCCAGUGUGUGAGUACGUGUCGGUGUCAGACUGUGUGUGUGUGAUGGAGAAAGAGUGCUGGUCGUCUCUGUCUCUCUCCUCUCUCCUCCCAGCCUGUGGUAGUUCCCUGACUCAGGCUGAGCUGAACCCAUCUAUAGCCUGGUCCGUAGGCCUCUCUCUGGGGCAGGACAGUCAGCCCCGACCCCUACUGCUGGUCGGAGUGUUGGAGCUCUCUGGAACACACACACUCCACCUGAGAGACCAGACCGGCGCCGUGACCUGUGUUGCCGUGGAGACUGGCGAUGAUGACUCGGGUGGUCAGAGAGCUGCCAACAACACUGCUUGGAUAGGUUGCUUGGUGUGUGUGCAGAGGGUCACCAUGGUGAUGGAAAGAUUCCUCCAAUCAGAGUUCCCUUCAUACAGACACCUGGACCAGGACAGUUACAUCACACACAGACACUGCAGGGUGUACAUCCAGCUGUGUCUGAACGACCUCCAGAUUCUCAGCCCCUCUGCUGCCAUGGCAUCACUCCUUCUCAGAGAAAACAUCAGAACGACACAGGGAGGAGAGAGGGAGGAGGGGGGAGAGAGGGAGGAGAUGAGUGAGACAGAGAGAGAGAGGAGAGAGAAAGGGGGAGAAGAGAGGGAGGAGAGGAGAGAGAAAGGGGGAGAAGAGAGGGAGGAGAGGAGAGAUGACGUUUCUGAGAGGAAGAAGAGGAGCAGAGAAGAAGAGAGGAUAGAGGAAAAGAAAGAGGAGAGAGAGGGAGGGGCCAAGAGAGCACGACAAAACCACACAGAGAACGAGACCUGCUCCCAACCAGGAGGAGGAGCCACACUGCCAGGCGACCGGCCCUGUAUCUCCGUGGUGAUGUGUGUGGAAGGAAAGGAGGGCGUGGCCUGGCGGAACGAGGGGAUUGCCUGUGAGGGAGAAGAGGCUGGGUUAUCUCUGUGUUUCUCUGUGAGGGCUGAUCUCAUUGGUCAAAUUCAGCGGUGGGGGCGGGACCCCAGGAACUGUCCAUUACAGGAGAGAGAGACAGACGGACAGACCAGAACGGUAGAGCUGUUGUUUGUGAGGUCAUCAGUACGCUGGUUUCCUCUGAUCCAGGCUGGAUCUUUCUACAGACUCAUCGCUCCUAACACCCAGGAUCCCAGUGUUCUGAUUGGCUGUCGUGUUGCUGGGAGGAGUGGUGUAGUGCUCCAUACGAACCCCUCCCUCCUUGUGCGAUCUGAUUGGAGGAUCCACACCCUGACCCACCCACUCCUGACCACGCCCUACUCCCAGUUUGUUUCUCAGAAGGUCAUGUCUGUGGCUGAGGUCCUGGACUGCAGCAGUGGGGUGGAUCUGGUGUCGUUCCAUGGAGUCAUAUCUCAGAGGAUCACCCUACAGAGAGGAACGACCACACACACUCCUGCACAGAGAGAAACGAGACACACCCCUACACAGAGAGACGUUGAAGCAGGACUGAGUGUGAGGUUGACGGUGUGUGUGGAGCCCGGAGGGCGGAGCCUGCAGGUCUAUUUGGACCUAAGCCUCACCCCCUACCCUCCCGGCCUGGUACCCGGAAACACUGUCCAGUUUACCAGCUUCCAACGCAGGCUGUCACGGGUGGGAGGGGUGUAUUGUCGUUCUGUCCCAGUCAGCUGUUUGACCAUCAUGGCCCUGGGAAAGACAGACACCCAGUCAUGUGACUCUCCUCCUCCCAUGAUCCUCUUGGGUGUGUGGGCAUUGGCAGGGGCAAAGCAGUGCAUUUUGGGCCGGGUCAGAGGUCAUGUGGUGUGUGUUCUCUACCUGCAGCUGCAGUGGACUUGUUCCCUGUGUGGCAGUAUAUACACACAGAAGAGGUGUACUCGGUCUCAGCCUCCCUGUAAUUCUACCUCUGCUGUGUUUCAGGCCGAAGCCAAGGCAGCUGUAGAGGAUGGCAGUGGAGAGGCCCAUAUUUGGUUCUCCUGUCCAGUAAUUUCCGGUUUACUGGGGUUAGCCAUGCCCCAGUGGGAAGGGCUUCAGAGGUCACUGAGGGUCAGAGGUCACCUCAGGGUCUACACACGGGGGCGGAGCCUGGUGUGUGAUGUGGACGCUGACGACCGUCUCCUCCAGUACCUGUCCUGUGUGUGUAGCAGCAGCACAGUGUGUCGCCCCCUAACUCUCAUCUGCACAUUACACACACGUUCACACACACCUGCUGCACGUAGAGACGACUCUGCCCAGCUGAAGAGGUUUACCCGAGGAGACAGAGAGUUUGUGACUCGGAUGCCCCCCCCUCUCCAACUCACCUGUACACACAUCCUGGAGGAGACAGAGCGGGACUGAGAGAGCGAUAGGGAGACUGAGAGAGCGAUAGGGAGACUGAGAGAGGGAUAGGGAGACUGAGAGAGCGAUAGGGAGACUGAGAGAGCGAUAUGGAGACUGAGAGA